AUGCUAGAAUAUCGCGGUUAAAAGUAUCAAAUUGAAGUGACUUUAGAUACUUACAUACAUGAAAUCAUAGAAAUAGUUAAAGAAAUAUACUCAAUUCAAGAAAACAUUAAUUUAAAGCAUAAUCAAUAAAUUUUGCCUGAGAAUUAAACAAUAGAAUCCUUAAAAAUCAAAAAAGGUUUUAUCUUGUCAGUGGAAAUUCAAUAAUAAUAAUAGUAAUAAUAAUAAUAAUCACUCACAUAAUAAAAUAUAAUGAUUAUUUUAGAAUAUCGUGGUUAAAAGAAUCAAAUUGAAGUGACUUCAGAUACUUACAUACAUGAAAUCAUAGAAAUAGUUAAAGAAAUAUACUCAAUUCAAGAAAAAAUUAAUUUAAAACUUGAUCAAUAAAUUUUGCCUGAGAAUUAAACAAUAGAAUCCUUAAAAAUCAAAAAAGGUUUUAUCUUGUCAGUGGAAAUUCAAUAAUAAUAAUAGUAAUAAUAAUAAUAAUCACUCACAUAAUAAAAUAUAAUGAUUAUUUUAGAAUAUCGUGGUUAAAAGAAUCAAAUUGAAGUGACUUCAGAUACUUACAUACAUGAAAUCAUAGAAAUAGUUAAAGAAAUAUACUCAAUUCAAGAAAAAAUUAAUUUAAAACUUGAUCAAUAAAUUUUGCCUGAGAAUUAAACAAUAGAAUCCUUAAAAAUCAAAAAAGGUUUUAUCUUGUCAGUGGAAAUUCAAUAAUAAUAAUAGUAAUAAUAAUAAUAAUCACUCACAUAAUAAAAUAUAAUGAUUAUUUUAGAAUAUCGUGGUUAAAAGAAUCAAAUUGAAGUGACUUCAGAUACUUACAUACAUGAAAUCAUAGAAAUAGUUAAAGAAAUAUACUCAAUUCAAGAAAAAAUUAAUUUAAAACUUGAUCAAUAAAUUUUGCCUGAGAAUUAAACAAUAGAAUCCUUAAAAAUCAAAAAAGGUUUUAUCUUGUCAGUGGAAAUUCAAUAAUAAUAAUAGUAAUAAUAAUAAUAAUCACCCACAUAAUAAAAUGUAAUGAUUAUUUUAGAAUAUCGUGGUUAAAAGAAUCAAAUUGAAGUGACUUCAGAUACUUACAUACAUGAAAUCAUAGAAAUAGUUAAAGAAAUAUACUCAAUUCAAGAAAAAAUUAAUUUAAAACUUGAUCAAUAAAUUUUGCCUGAGAAUUAAACAAUAGAAUCCUUAAAAAUCAAAAAAGGUUUUAUCUUGUCAGUGGAAAUUCAAUAAUAAUAAUAGUAAUAAUAAUAAUAAUCACCCACAUAAUAAAAUGUAAUGAUUAUUUUAGAAUAUCGUGGUUAAAAGAAUCAAAUUGAAGUGACUUCAGAUACUUACAUACAUGAAAUCAUAGAAAUAGUUAAAGAAAUAUACUCAAUUCAAGAAAAAAUUAAUUUAAAACUUGAUCAAUAAAUUUUGCCUGAGAAUUAAACAAUAGAAUCCUUAAAAAUCAAAAAAGGUUUUAUCUUGUCAGUGGAAAUUCAAUAAUAAUAAUAGUAAUAAUAAUAAUAAUCACCCACAUAAUAAAAUGUAAUGAUUAUUUUAGAAUAUCGUGGUUAAAAGAAUCAAAUUGAAGUGACUUCAGAUACUUACAUACAUGAAAUCAUAGAAAUAGUUAAAGAAAUAUACUCAAUUCAAGAAAAAAUUAAUUUAAAACUUGAUCAAUAAAUUUUGCCUGAGAAUUAAACAAUAGAAUCCUUAAAAAUCAAAAAAGGUUUUAUCUUGUCAGUGGAAAUUCAAUAAUAAUAAUAGUAAUAAUAAUAAUAAUCACCCACAUAAUAAAAUGUAAUGAUUAUUUUAGAAUAUCGUGGUUAAAAGAAUCAAAUUGAAGUGACUUCAGAUACUUACAUACAUGAAAUCAUAGAAAUAGUUAAAGAAAUAUACUCAAUUCAAGAAAAAAUUAAUUUAAAACUUGAUCAAUAAAUUUUGCCUGAGAAUUAAACAAUAGAAUCCUUAAAAAUCAAAAAAGGUUUUAUCUUGUCAGUGGAAAUUCAAUAAUAAUAAUAGUAAUAAUAAUAAUAAUCACCCACAUAAUAAAAUGUAAUGAUUAUUUUAGAAUAUCGUGGUUAAAAGAAUCAAAUUGAAGUGACUUCAGAUACUUACAUACAUGAAAUCAUAGAAAUAGUUAAAGAAAUAUACUCAAUUCAAGAAAAAAUUAAUUUAAAACUUGAUCAAUAAAUUUUGCCUGAGAAUUAAACAAUAGAAUCCUUAAAAAUCAAAAAAGGUUUUAUCUUGUCAGUGGAAAUUCAAUAAUAAUAAUAAUAAUAAUCACCCACAUAAUAAAAUAUAAUAAUUUUUUUAAAAUAUCGUUAUUUAAAUUAUGAAAUUGAAGUGACUUCAGAUACUUACAUACAUGAAAUCAUAGAAAUAGUUAAAGAAAUAUACUCAAUUCAAGAAAACAUAAAUUUAAAGCAUAAUCAAUAAAUUUUGCCAAACAAUUAAACAAUAGAAUCCUUACAAAUCAAAAAAGGUUUUAUCUUUUCAGUGGAAAUUCAAUAAUAAUAAUAACCAAUGCAAUCAAAAUUAACUUUAAUUAUUUUUCACUCUGCUCAUAAUGGUUAAGCAGUAGAAGUAGAUUCAGAUGCUAAAGUAUAUGAAUUGGCAUUUGAAUUAUAAGCAUUAUUUGAGCUUUCCUAAAUUUAAUUAACUUUAGAAAAUGGAUAAGUGUUAAAUCCAAAUAAAACUUAUAGAGAAUAAAAUGUAUAAGAAAAUUCUAAAUUGUACAUAUAGUAAGUCUUAACUAAUCCUACUUAAACAGCAUCUUAAAUUUAAGAAAUAGUUUUGAUAGUGCUAUUUGAAUAAUAAACUUUAAAUAUUACUGUUCCUUGUAAUUCUUUGGUGUAUGAGCUUGAAUGUACACUUAAGCAAAAUUUGAAUCUUAAUUAUGAAAUAAAGUUAUACCACAAUGAUAAAAUGUUGAAUUCGAAUGAAACAUUCUAAUAAUUGCAAAUCGUAAAAGGUUCUAAGUUGGUGAUCAAAAAAAUUGAACAAGCCUCUGUUUCAAAAAAAUAAAUUCAAUUAAGUUUGUCUAAUGAAACUUAGCCUCUAAUUGCAAUAGAAGUAGAAGAUGAAAUUACUAUUAAAGAUAUAGAAGAUUAAAUAAAUCAAUACUUUCAUUUAAAUGUAGAUUUGGUGACUCUUUAUAAUGGGUAGGUUUUAGAUUCAUGCAAAACCCUGUAAGAAUAUUAAAUUAAAGAUAACUCCAUUCUCAAAUUUUAAUAGAAAUAAUAAAAAAUACAUCUUAUUAUUAAUGCAUUCAAUCAGACUUUAGAUUUUAAAGUUAAUUAAGAUACAACAAUUAUGAGUUUGAUUGAAGAUGUAAAAGGUAUAUCCAAUGUGAAAAAUCAAUUGAUGAUGUAAAAAGAAAAUGGAGAAAUCUUAGACCCAAGCUUAACUGUUAAGCAAUCUGGAAUUUGUGAUAACUCAAUCUUAACUGUAGUUCAAUUAUAGGAUAAAUAACCCAAAUUGCCAGUUAGAAGAGUUAUCUACGUGAUUUUAGAUUAUAAAGGGGCUAAAACACCAAUAGAAGUUGAAGAUAAUAUUAAUGUAUCAGAGUUGAUAGAGCAAAUCAUGCUUAGUUUCUCAAUUUCAGGAUCCUUAUAAAUUAGUCUUGAGGGAAAAUAAAUUCUUAAUCCUUUAGACACUUUAGCCAAUUAGAAUGUUUAAAAUGGUAGUCUAUUAAUUGUAACUCAAAUUUCAUAAAAUGUUCCUCAAAUUUAAUAAGUUGCUUCUUAAACUAAAUAAAGUUCAUCUCCUUUAAAUAGCUAAACUUUUAUUAUGAAUAUCGAUUAUGAAGGAUAUAAAUAUCCCAUAGAAGUACAUUCAAAUACUUUAGUAUAUGAAAUAAUACAGGAGUUUAGAUAAGCCCUUUAAAUCUAAGAAUAAUGUAAUUUGCACCUUGAAAAUUAAUAAGUUCUUCAACUAAACUUAACUUUAGAGGAUUAAAAUUUCAAACAAGAUUCUAUUUUAUUUUUAAAACCAAUUCAAAAUGUUAAUUAUAAUGCAUAGUAAUAACCUAGUUUAUAAACAAAUUAAGCUUUUAAAGCAUAAGAAAUUAUUAUUAUGUUUAGUUUCUAAGGGUAGAAUCAUAGCUUAAGUUUGAUGAAUGAUACAUUAGUUAAGGAUUUGAUUAUAUGUAUUUAAUAGAAUUUCAAUUUAAAUGAAAAAUUUUAAUUAAGUUUGGAAAACAAAUAUACACUAAAUGAGGAGUAAACAUUGGCUGCUUAGAAAGUUGAAAAAGGAAACACUUUAUAUCCAGUUUUCAACCAGAAACCAUAACAAUAAUAGUUUGAAGAGAAUUACACUUUGAUUUUGAAUUAUUAGAAUUGUAAAUACCAUUUUGAAGUUUCUUCUGAUUCAUUAGGAAGUGAAUUGAUGGAUGCUAUUUAGUAACAUACUAAAAUACCAACUGCAUUUAAUGCAAUUAUUGAAGGAAAAACUCUUUUGAUCUUGGAUAAGACUUUGAAGGCGUAAAAUAUAAAAAAUGGAAGUAUUAUUGAACCUUAAGUAUAACCUUAAAUAAAUCAAUUGAAUUAAACUUAAUAAAAUUAAUUUUAGAAAAUACCUCCUUUAUAAUAAUAAAUUAUUUAUGGUAUUUCAUACUAAAGAAAUGAAUAGCCUCCUGCGAAUUAAUAAUUUAUUCCAUAACAAAAUCAGUUUGAGUUUAAUUAGCCUAUGAAUUUUGUUUCAGUACCUCCGUGGUAGAAUACAUUAUAGGGAGGUUAGAAAAAUUUAUAAUAACAAUUCGAAUAAGGAUUGAAUAAUAGUUUUGAGGGAUUUAUUCUAAAUAAAACAUAAUUUUUAUCAAACUCUGGACUUGAACAAAAACCAUUUCAAUAAUAAACAUUAGAAAUACUUUCUACAAAAUUCUAAAAACCCUAAAAAUAGUAAAAUAACAAAAUUAUUAAAAUUUAUCUUCAUUACAUGAAUACAAUUUAAAAGUUGAAAUUGAAUAAAAAGAUGAAAAUCUAGGAUAUAAUAGAACAUUGCAAGGAUGUAUUCAAUAUAGAGUAAGAUUUAACACUUCAACACUAAGGAUAGGAUUUGAAUCCUUAAGAGAUUAUAGAAUAAUGUAGAUUGAAUGAUAAUGAAAUUUUGGAUGUAGUUGUUAAACAAUUAGAUUAAUUAGUUCUGAAUAUUACGGUGCUAGGAAAUGAUAUUUAAGUGGAGUUAGAUUAAGACUAAAAGGUUUUUGAAUUGAUGGAUGAGUUGAAGAUGGUUUACAAUAUCAAUUAUCCCACUGAACUUGUGUUCAAUCAAAUAAAAUUAUUUCCUGAUAAGAGUUUCAAGUAACAAAAUAUUCUGAGUAACAGUUAUUUGAUUUUAAGAUAAAAAUAAGCAGUUACCAAAUUGAGGAUCACUUAAAGUUUAAAUUUGAUUAUUGUCAAAGUUAGAGAUGGAAUGAAUAUGAUCCAAAUUGAAAUAGCUCCCACAGCAACAGUUCAAGAAUUAGAGAGAAAAAUUAAGGAAAAGACAGGUAUAAAUUUUGAUUUUACAUUAUAAUUCGACAUAAAAUUAUUGAGCCCAUAUUUAUCUUUGGCUCAAUAAGGUAUAAACAAUAAUUGUGAAGUAAUUUUGCUUCGAUGA